UCAGCGUCGGAGGCGAAGUGUGCUGCACCGUCUGAGUCUGAGCCGACCACGUCGCAGGGAGCGGGAGCUGUCAGCAAGAAGAGCAAGGCUACAUCCGCCAGCGACAUGUCCAGGACGCUGAUCGAGUGUCUCAAGUCUAGUGCCAAGGCCACUCAGGACGCAGCUGAAAAGGUGCGUGUAGCCCAGGCUACAGCUGCAGAUCCGUUCCAGGCCGAGCGUGACGCCUGGGCGGAGUGGAUGACAAGCGCGAACAACCAGGUGCCGGCACACCGGUACAGACAGUUUCAGCUGGAGACUUUCACCACAUUCAUGAGAUUCGUCCCGCUCAUGCAGGGGAUUCAGCAGCAGCCCCAGCAGCAGCCUCCGAAGCCCCCGCCGCAGAUCGUACAGCCGGCCGUUCCUCUGGCAGAUCCUUAUAACCAACAGCCGAUGUAUCUUCAGCCCGCAUCCCUGAAACCACAGCAGCAGCCGCAGCAGUUUAUCAUCUGUAUUAUGCCUCCAGUUCGGCAGCAGCAGCAGCAGCCGCCACAGCAGCUGUAUGAACAGCUCCAGCCUCCCAGGGCAGUGUCUGCACCCCCAGUCACCUCUGCGACAUAUGACCUCUCAUCCUUGCUGGCCUUGCCGUCUCCCCUCAGGCUCCCCGCCAGCAAAGGGUCUAACAUCACAGAAGCUGCGUGGCAGAUUUCUUCACCCGCCAACAUCAGCCUCAACACGCAGUCACCUGCACAGAGGUCAAGAGAUAGCAGCCUUUCGCAGUUGCUAGAUGCGAACGAACGUGAUGUCACAAACGAAGGUCCCGAGGACAACACAGCAGAGCUACAGCGGGAGAAGGAGCAAGAGUAUGAGCAGGAGUAG